AUGUCUAUGGCAGAAAACUGUUCAAUAGACGAAAUAAACAAUCAAAAUGAUGUUAAAACCAAAUCAAAAUCAAAAAAGAAGAAAAACAAGCCAAAAAAGAGCGAUGAUGUCAUUGAUCAAGAAUUAUUAGAACUAGAGACCUUAAACAUCGGACCAAAAAACCCAUUAUUGUACAAUCCUGAAAAGGGAGAGCCUUUGAGACUUGUAGGUCAAUGGAAGUCACCCCAAAUACUCGACAAAACAGUAGUUGAACAGUUUAAAUCAAUCAAUUACCCAGAAGGCCAGGUGUUGGAAUAUACUGGUUCUAAUAAGCAUAGAGUGACUGAUGAAGAGAAACGGCACUUGGAUAAGAUAUCGUUUGAGAAGUACAAUGACAUGAGGAGGGCAUCUGAAGUACAUCGUCAAGUUAGAAGGUACAUUCAAUCGGUUAUUAGGCCAGGAGUGUCUUGCUUGGACCUGGUUCAGGCUCUUGAGGCGAAAACAAAGUAUUAUAUUGAAGCUGAGGGCUUGAAGUCAGGUUGGGGGUUCCCUACCGGAUGCUCACUUAAUUCAUGUGCUGCCCAUUAUACUCCAAACUACGGAGAUGGCACAAUAUUUAAACAAGACGAUAUUAUGAAACUUGACUUUGGAACCCAUGUCAAUGGAUUUAUCAUUGACAGCGCCUUCACAAUCGCAUUUGAUGAAAAGUAUGACCCUUUAAUUGAGUCAACGAAAGAUGGCACUAAUACCGGGUUAAAAUUGGCAGGAAUCGAUGCAAGAACGAGAGAGAUUGGAGAAGCAAUUCAGGAGGUGAUUGAGAGUUAUGAAGUCACCCUGAACAACUAUCUUUACCAAAUAAAGGCAGUACGCAAUCUCACAGGGCAUAAUAUAAGCCCAUAUAUUAUCCACGCAGGAAAGGCGGUGCCUAUUUGCAAGGGCAGCAACAGUAACGACAUUAUGGAGGAAGGGGAUGUGUUUGCAAUUGAGACCUUCGCAUCAACGGGAACCGGAUUCGUCAUUGAAAAGAUGGAUUGCUCCCAUUACAUGAAGAACCCUAACUCGGUAUUCGCUCCACUCAGGUUGAAGUCAGCACGUGAGAUACUAAACACCAUCAACACGAACUUUUCGACCUUGCCGUUUUGUAAAAGGUGGCUCGACGACCUUACAAACAAGAGGGGGUCCAUACUACUAAAGAGCCUCGUGGAAAGUGACAUUGUAAUUCCGUACCCGCCUCUGUGCGACAUGAACAACAGUUUUACGUCCCAAAUGGAACACACGGUUCUCCUAAGGCCAACCUGCAAGGAAAUAUUGUCCAGGGGCGACGACUAUUAA